GCUAUCGUUGGAGAAAUGGCGCGCAGUCUAGCAACGUCAAACUUUGUUGUUCAAUACUCAAGGAAGCGCAGCUGUUGAACAACUCCAAGUACUGCAAUACACAUUUGUACAGCUUUUCAUGGACAUGGGAUUGAGCCCGAGCCAUAUCCAGCAUUAGAUCCCCUGCGAUUAACUUAGGUUGUGGUACACAAUGAAUGGUCAGCACAGUCGUGUUUCGACGGUGUCGCUAUCGGCAGUUUCGGUUCAUUCAAACCACGGUCACGCCCACGGCCACUCCCAUAACGGAAACGGACACCAUGGCCACUCCCAUGCCCAUGUUCCGAGGCGAGAAUCAUUCCCAUUUUCUAGGAUAUUUGAAGAGGCAUGGAAGACAAUCGCUCAUCCGGAUUCUUUGAGGAUAUCCUUGCUAUUGGUAUUGAACUCGUGUUCCUUAGGACUGACCACGUUUUGGAUAUCCUCUUCAAACAGUUUAGCGUUGAGUGCGGUCAACUACUUAUCGUGGUUCCAUUCGCUCAAUUUGCUCACUUGCUAUCUUACCCAAUGGAUCAAGAUCCAGAACCAAAAAUUCGUACACCGCAAGCUCCACGACAUCUCGGCCUUCAAUUUAGGCCAUGCCAGAUUUGAGGUCCUGGCGGUCUUUUCAACCACCAUUUUAUCGCAAUUGGGAGCCUUGUUUCUUAUGAAAGAGGCCUUGGAACGGGUCUUGGAAUCGCCUGAAGUCCAUACGGGGAGAUUGAUGAUGGGCGCUUUCGUCUCCUUGUCCAAUCAAAUGUUGAUCAGUUUACUAGCUCCAAGCACAGCCUUGAACCACGUGUUUGAAGUAUCCUCGUCCUCGUGGAUUCAAGAGCACACUGCGGAUAUCGCUCACACGGUUUGCUCCGCUUUCCCGCCUUUGUCAGCUUACCUCUUGCCCCGAAUCAAUCCAAUGGUGCUUCUCUCGUCCAUUUCGUUUGUCGCCAUCUUCGUGUUGGAUCUUAUGAUAGAAAUCAACUCUGCUCAUCGUGCCGAUAGCUUGAUUGCUCUUAUUUUGGCUCUUUUGAUGAUGGGUUCCAUGUUCCCUUUAACGUUGUAUACGGGGAGGAUCCUCCUCCAGACCACGCCCACCCAUAUUCUACCUCAACUGGAUCGCUAUCUUCGAGAAGCAUUGACAAUCGACGGAGUUCUUGAGUUCAAAAACGAACAUUUUUGGACCGUAUCUUUUGGUCGUUUGGCGGGCAGUAUGACGGUUAGAGUUCGAAAAGAUGCCAACGAGCAAAUCGUCUUGGCUCAUAUCACGGAUCGACUCUCCAACUUGGUUUGGCCUUUGACCGUUCAGAUCUCCAAGGAUGACCAUCACAUAGCCCAACUCCAGCAGACCAGUAUGCAAUUCCUCAAGGCCAGUCCCAGGAACAAUCCAAUGGCCUUGAGAGCGACCAAGGGAAGUCCAAUGGUGGGCACGCCCUCGGAAUUAUCUGCCAAUGGAAACUCGCCGUUCUUUACAUCCACUCCCAAAAGCGUCUUAGAGGUUUCGACGGUCUUUUCCCCUCCAGUUGGAAAUGGAUCGCUCUAUCAGGCGAAUAGUAUACAACCCCCCAGACCAUUACCAGAGAGUUUCAACACCCAUUCACGCCUCAUCUCCCCAGGGAACUCCCCCUCAGAGUCGGCCAAGUUGAAAUGAAGAGGAGUGUCAGUGCUAGGACACCACUUUUCAUGACCUGAGAGAAAUGAUGCUGCAUUUGAAAACCUGAAAGAAGAGUGAUGAUGCAGUUUUGUAAAUAUGACUCAUGCACUUGGGCCUUUUUUCAUCACGUGAAGAAGAAGAAAGAACCUGGUUCCCGUCGCACUCUUCUUUACCAUGUAUCAAAACCUCCAGCCAUACAUACCUGUGAUAUAGCUUUAAAUAGAAACAAUAAAACCCAUCUAUCCAUGAGCA